GUAUACAACACUGUGUACAAUUAGGAAUUUUUCUUGACAGACCGCACACACGAGCUGCUGCAGAAAAAGUUUAGAAAUUUUGCAAAUUUUCUUUUUAAAAGUUGUAAAUUAAAAUAAAAAAUAAAGCAAAAUGACUAACGCCUGGAGAGCCGCUGGAAUUACCUAUAUCCAAUACUCCAACAUCUGUGCUAAAGUUGUGCGUCAAGCUUUGAAAUCGGAGUUGCGUGUCGAUGCCGCCAAACGUAGUGAUAGCCAUGUAAGAUUCACUCCCUGGACUAACGGCAAGCCAGCACCAAAACCAGUCGCUGCCGAAUAAAAAUCUUUUUUUUAAAUUAAAUUGUGUUUUGUGAUUCCAUCAAUUCUUAAUUCAACAGCAGUUUCAAAUUCAAUUUCAAAAAGUUUAAGCUUUAAGCAUUAUCAUGAAAUAAAAUAAAUAAUUUAAUAAAACUCUAAAUAA